AUGUCUCGCAUCUGGCUCAUCACCGGCGCCUCCUCUGGCUUUGGCCUCGAGCUUACCCGCGUUGCUGCCCGCCAAGGUGAUCGUGUUCUUGCUGCCUCACGAACCCCUGAGAAGCUCAAUUCACUGGUCUCGUCAGACAAGGUGAAACCAGUGUAUCUCGACCACAACAAGCCGCUUUCUCAGAUUCAGGAUGCUGUCAAGGACAUUCUUGCGAUUUAUGGCACUGUUGACAUUGUUGUCAACAAUGCUGCAUAUGUCCAGACCGGUAUGCUUGAGGAGGUUUCCCCAGAAGACACUUUACGCCAGUUCCAGGCCAACACGCUUGGUCCCUUAAACCUCUACCGCGCGCUGCUCCCGCAUCUCCGUGAGAAAGGCACUGGUACCUUGAUCACUAUUGGCUCCAUGGCUGCCUGGUACCCCAUGCCUGGUUGCAACCUGUACAAUGCCUCCAAGGCAGCCUUGCGCUGGCUAGCAAUUGGAUUAGCUGGUGAGAUUUCUCAUUUUGGCAUCAACCACUGCUUGGUUGAACCAGGCUUUUUCCGAACCGAAUUAUUAAGCCCCUCUGCCAAUAUCUCUGGUACGAGCGAGAGCAGCCGCCUACCUGCAUACAGAGAACUCAACAGUACAACUGAUGCGAACUUUGCUGCAUUCCAUGGUGCUCAGCUCGGUGACCCGGUCAAGGGAGCUCAAAUCAUCUAUGAUGUGGUCACCUCUUCCGGGGCUGCAGCUGGGAGGGAGUUGCCGGAGUUGCUUCCUUUGGGAAGUGAUGCCAGCGAGGAGAUAUCGAAGUCUGCAUCCAGAACAUUGGCAUCUGUGGAGGAGUUCAAAGCCAUAAGCGCGUUGAGCGACAUUCCCAAAGCGUAA